AGAGGGAAGAGAAUUUCCGCGAUUUAGUAACGUUGGCUCCAGACUCAGUGCCCACUCUCCUGACGGAUUGGCAUUCUGGCGAGUUCAGGCUUUCUUCUGUCUAGGGGCCCAGUCUGUCUUCUUCAAGAAAAGAGUAAGACAGAAAGCAUGGUGGCAGACUGUCUGACAAAUUGUUAUCAGAACUUGGUGACCUUUGAGGAUGUGGCUGUGGACUUCACCCAAGAGGAAUGGAUUCUAUUGGAUCAAAUGCACAGAGACCUGUACAGAGAUGUGAUGCUAGAGAACUACCAGAACCUGGCCUCAGUAGGAUGUGAGCCCAUUAAACCUAGUCUCAUAUACUGGUUGGAACAAGAAGAGGAUCUGUGGACAGUGCAGAGUGGAGAUCUCCAAGAAUGGAAAAUGCUACUUAACACCAAAGAGGCAACACUUCAGCAGGAUUUUUUGAGGGGACAGACUUCCAGUGAGAUACAAACAGCAGGACACCACAGUGCAGGGGAACUUUGUGACUAUAUGCAGUGUGGAGAAAUCUUCAGUGAACACUCAUAUUUCAAGACUCACAUGAAAACUCAAAACACAAGGAAUGCAGGGCAUUUUACUCACUCUACAAGUCCUGCCGUGCCUGUUCAAAUGCGCACAAUGAAAAACAAUGCAUGUAAGGUUUGUGGAAAAGUCUUCAGACGUUCUUCAAACCUUAAUAGGCACAUGCGAACCCAUACUGGGGAGAAACCCUUUAAAUGUAAGGAAUGUAGGAAGCCCUUCACUACUUACUCACGGCUAAUGGAACAUUUCAGAAUUCAUACUGGAGAAAAACCCUAUAAAUGUAAGGAAUGUGGAAAAGCCUUCACUAAGCGCUCAGGCCUUACCACACAUGAACCAACACAUGCUUCAGAGAAGCCCUAUGAAUGUAACGAAUGUGGGAAAGCCUUCGCUUCAUCCUCACGCCUUACUCAACAUGUAAGAACUCACAGUGGCGAGAGACCCUAUAUAUGUAAGGAAUGUGGAAGAGCCUUCCUCACUUCCUCAUAUCUACGUAACCACAUAAGAAGAACUCACAGUGGGGAGAAACCCUAUAUAUGUAGGGAAUGUGGAAAAGCCUUUCAUUCUUCCUCAUAUCUACGUAGACAUGUAAGAACUCACAGUGGUGAGAGACCCUAUAUUUGUAAAGAGUGUGGAAAAGCCUUCCUUAAUUCUUCAUACCUACAUAAUCAUGUAAGAAAAACUCAUAGUGGAGAGAUACCCUUUAUAUGUGGUGAAUGUGGUAAAGUCUUUCAUGCGUCUUCAUACCUACGUAGACAUGUAAGAACUCACAGUAGAGAGAGACCCUAUAUAUGUAAGGAAUGUGGGAAAGCCUUCCUCAAUUCCUCAUACCUACGUAAACAUCUAAUCAUUCACACUGGAAAGAAACCCUAUGAAUGUAAGGAAUGYGGGAAAGCCUACAAUAGAUGCAAUCUAUUACUUGACCAUUUAAAAACUCACAUGGUGGAAAAGCCAUUUGAAUGUAAUGUAUGUGGAAAAUCCUUUCAGUAUUUCUCUUAUCUUACUAAGCACAUUCGUAUUCACACUGGAGUAAAACCCUAUAAGUGUAAGUACUGUGGGAAAGCCUUCACCACUUCUUCAAGCCGAACUGAGCAUGUAAGAACUCACACUGGGGAAAGGCCUUAUGAAUGUAAGGAAUGUGGGAAAUCCUUCAGUUCAUCCUCAAACCUAAUUCAUCAUGUGAAAAUUCACACAACAGAGAAACCCUUUAGUGUCAGGAAUGUGGGAAAGCCUACAGUAAGUUUUACCUACUAACUGAACAUUUAAUAACUCACACUGAAAAGAAACCCUUUCAAUGGGAGGAAUACAAAAAAAUCCCUUAAGA